UCAAAUGAAUCAGUAACAGUCUAGUCGCUUCCGCAGACAAUUAGCACCUCUGCUCAAGGGUAAACAUGUUUGAUGAUAAUACAUCAUGAUUGACAGCAUAAAAGAAAAGUGUGACAGUGGUAGGAAUCUGAACUACUCUUGACACUGAAGGUAUAUACACAUGCAGUAUCAUUACCAACUGUCAUGUUCAUGCAGCAGUCUUCUAACUGAAACUAACACUAACAACAAACAUUAAUAAUAUCUUUCCUUUAAGGUGUAUAGAUUCCUCUUUAUUUCGUUAUUCUACGAUUCUGUGCCAAAUGUGUAUGUCAAUUAUAUUAAAUGAAAUGAGAUAUGGUAGGAUCAUCAUGACUUACGAAUUUUAAAUAAAUGUGGGAGGAAUAAGUUGGGCAAAACCACAAAAAAACUCUUAAUCAGGACAGCUAUGUCCAGACCCAUGUGGUUAGUGUAGCUAUGUUGACAAGACAUUUACUCUACAUUUUGUUCCACAACAGCACUGCUGCUUCGUAAAACACUAUGGCUGGACCUUACUACAGAAUUUCACUUUCUUGUUUGCUCUUCCGGACAAAUUACAUUAACUAAUUCCUAGCCACUAACAAUGUGUCAACACUGCUCUAAGUGAAACAUCAGGAAUGAAGAAAGACUGUACAUGUGUACACGCACAUACGAACGAUCGAUUACCAUAAGUCUGCCCUUCAUAUAAAAAUAAGGAAGCAGACUACAAGUACCAGUAGUCAACAAGUUAUAUUAUACAUACAUUUGCAUACCAUCAGAUAUAAUCAAUUGAAUAAAUAAUCAUACAAAAUCAUUAAUUAUUUAUAUCUUUAAUCCUACUUAACCACGUUCAAUAUCAUAAUGUACACACCUUUUUACAAACAAACAAACAAAACAAAAACAAGAAGAAGAAAUUAAUGUGUAAUAACCAUGUUAUAAAACGAUUUCAAAUUUCAUAUUUUGAUUUACAACCAAAAUAUUAAAUUAAUAUAAUCAGACUGAUAUAGAAUCUAAUGUAAAAUUAAUCACUUUAGCAUAUAUUAUGUUACCUCUGAGGACAGUAAACAGCAAAAAACAUGUAAGGUUGAAAGUACAAAUAAUUAAUACUUUUGUAUGGUUAUGUAUUUAAUUGAUUGUGUCUGAUGGUUUGCAAAUUUAUAUAAUAUUAUUUGAUACACUGGUACAGACCUAACAAGACUUAAAAAAACUCAAGGAGUAUUUAUAUAGGACUAGUAAAAGAUGACAUGUUUACUGCUGGCUCACUACUUUCUGGACGGAUGUGCUCCGUUUUGGAUUGUAAUGGUGCUAAUCGAACAACAGUUACAAGUAAAGUAUUACAACACAAACACUGUCAACGGUAUCCAAUUAGAACACUGGCAGUUGAGCUGUGAGUGUGCAAGGUACAAGACAUGCUGUGCUUCAUUCUCCUGGUGCACACCAUUUUGGUGGCACUUGGAGCAAAUGGCACUGUUGCCCCUCAACACAGUCUCUGGACCCUAAGACCUAUCAGAGAACAGUGUUGGGGCCCCGGCACAUGGCCACACCCUGCCCACUGCCGCCUGUUCUCAGUGUGUCAUCUCGGGUUGGACAGAACCAUUGUGGGUCACCUGUUCCUGUGUCCACUGGGCAGUAGCUAUUCCUCAAGGAGCCAGAGCUGCAUUACCAGUCAGACAGUUAUGCCAAACUGUGCGACAUCUCUGGAGGAUGAUUUCCUGCUCAAAAUCCAAUUUGCUGAGCAACUAUCCAGCAACAAUGAUUUACCAUUCACAUGCAAUGGCACCGAGAUCACAUACUGUGCAAACAGAGAGAUAAUGGUGAUCUGUACACCGAACAAGGCUCUCGUGGGGUUUGUAAACUGCUCGGCACAGCACUGGGAACAAAAAUAUGUACCACUGCAGUGUGACAACAGCAGAAGCAGAUGUACAGCUUCGCCAGUAUCGGAAUUUCAUCAGGAUAAUACAACACAUACUGAAGUAUUUGAAACAAGUACUGACAGCACCUCUGCAGAAUCAGAGGCACCCGUAAAAAUCUCACAGAGCCCUUCAGAAGGAGAAACUGCUCUUCCUAACACUUCACCUCUCCUUCUUGUUCCAUCUGAAAAUACAGACUUCAUUUCACAUCCCGACAAAAACCAAACAUUGGAAGCAACCAAUCACAUCACAAAUAUGUACCUACACUUAACGAUACCCAACACAACCAGCGAAGACAAUUAUGCCAACGAACUUUACGAUGGUGAUGAAGAUUAUGAAGAGUAUGACCUGGAAGGUUCCUUACCUAACUACCCUGACAUAAAGUGUACCCGGAAAGGGUUGCAGUGUGCAGACAGAACAAUAAUCAUGGACUGCUCCGAGAACUCAAGUGAGCCACUCUUCACCGUGUCAUGCGCAUCUCUGCUGCACAGUGAUGACGGUGAGAAUGCCACUGGUCAUUGUGAUAAUGAAACACCAUCCUGCAUAUUGUCAAGCCAGGGCAUGACCUUAUCACUCAACAUCAAAACAAUCAACACUGAAGAUUCUAAAAUAUGCAAAUUUUACAGUGGACUGCAAUGUAUUAAUAAUGAUACUCUGGUUGCAUGUUCUGGGUACACUAACAAUAUUCACUACGCAAUCUCUUGUGAUGGAAUGUCAACGUCUGACACAAGCAGCUUUCUUCAGGGACAAUGUUAUGAGAAUAGCUGCGUGUUUGUAAUUGCUCAACACAACAGAAGUUCUGAAAUAUUGGCUUACCAGAUCAACAACUAUGAAACUUAUCACUUACUAGCACCUGAUGCCAACAAAUCCGUAAGCGAACAUCUUCACAGCAAAACAGGCACAGAAAUAAACACUACAGACAUUCAGGGUGAGCAAUUUCAAGUGUUUGAUUUGCACAGAGAUGAUUUCAUACAUAGUUUAUCUAAGAUUAAUGAACACCACCUUGUUGAUGAUCAUGGUGAUACUGAGAUUCAUACAGCAAACUCAUCAUCUGGUGAAUAUACUGACCUGAUCACAGAGACUGCUGAAAACAUCAUAAAAACUGAUCAAGACAAUUUACCACAGACUGACGAUCUAACAUCAGCUGAAUCAACUGUAUCAGACAUUGGAGAACCUACCACAGAUCUUGCGUUACUUCCCCAACACACAGAAAACUCUCCUGAAGUUACUGAAUCAGAAGGUACAGAUUUCUAUUCAGAAACAUCAUCCACACUGAACGUGGACUACAUUAAAAUUGCAUUUGAAAAUAAUGUAAACACUGCAAUACCUGAUCAUAAGAUACCAGCUUCUGCUUCUAAGAUCAGGUAUGACAUCUCUGAAACUAUCCUUACACAAGCCCCUAAUUCUAUUCCCACAGAAGCCAUGAUGUCCAUCACUAAAGGCAUUCGUGGAGAAACACCUUCUCCUGUCCCUGAAAUGAUACCUGCAGAAACCACAACUCAUGUAUCCAAAUUGAGUCAAACAGAAACUGACUUCUCUACCCCUGAAACUCUGCCCACAGAAACUGUGGCACCUGUCUCAAAAGUUCUUCACAGAAAGAAAUUUUCUCCUGUCCCUGUAGCUAUACCCACAGAAACCAUUGUUCCCAUGUUAAAAUCUGGUCACACAGAAAGUGAUUUCUCUGUCUCUGAAACUCUGCCUACAGAAAUCAUAACAACUGAAUCAGAAGUCAUGAACAAAGAAACUGCUCCUCCAGCUCUUGAAUCAACACCUACAGAAACCAUGAUUCCUGUGUCCAAAGCGAGUCGUCACACAGAAAUGUUCUCUGUGACUGAAACUCUACCUACAGAAACCAUGAUAUAUGUCUCAAAACUCAUCUAUAAAGAAAAUUCUCCUCUUGCCCCUGAAAUGACACCUACAGGAACAACUCCUAUGUCCAAACCCAGUGACAGAGAAACCACUUUCUCUAACCCUAAAAUUCUGUCUGCAGAAACCUUGGCAUCUGUCUCAAAAGCUGUUCACAAAGAAACUGUUUCUCCCAUUCCUGAAAACGUACCUACGGAAACCAUGGUCCCUGUGUCCAAAUCUACUCACACAGAAACUAGUUUUUCUGCCCCUAACACUCUACCUGCAGAUAUUCACAGUGAAACUUCUUCUACUGUACCUGCGACUUCACCAACCAAACAUAUGACUCCUACCUCCAAAUUCAUUCACACAGAAACUGCCUUCUCUUUCCAUGAAGUUCUGCCUAAAGAAACUGUGACUCAUGUCUGUAAAUCCACCAACACAGAAAGUGCUGUCUUUGUCCCCAAAACUCUACCUACAAAGACCACAACGCCAAUCUCAGAAGAAACUCGUGGGAGAACUGCAUCUCCUCUCCUUAAGACUAUAUUUACAGAAGCCACAAACUUCAACUCUAAUACCGUAACUCCUGCCUCCCAAACCACCAUGCUUAUCUUGGAAACCCCACUCAAAAUAGUCACAGAUCCCAUGUCCAAACCCAUUGCCAUGUUAGGCACUCAGGAAGCAGAUGGUGACAGCAACAAAGAACUUCGCUUCAAUCUACAAACCCUAGGUACUGUUCCAACAGCUCAAGUGGCCUCUGAAGCCACAGCUCUCCUUCCUGCUGUUGAAGGGUCAGGACCUACGAGAAUGGGUACAAAGUCACCAACAGCAGAAACAGAUCAGUCUCAACAUGUGAUACCAGAGUCGAGCCCUGCCAUGAAUGGACCCUUCAAAGUACCUGAUACACAACAGAACCUCGGAGACUUUCAAAAAUAUGCCUGCCGCAAAGCAGGAAUCCAGUGCAUGGACGGUCAGACGCUAGCCGCUUGCCUGCCCGACCUGACUCUUAGCUAUACUGUGUCAUGUCACACUCUGUUACCGUAUGUGACGUCUAAACACCACGUAGUUUAUUGCGACCAUGAGUUAGAAUCAUGUGCUCUGGCAUACUUGGACUAAUCUCAACUUUUAUUAUCAUUCAAGAAGACCUUCACAAGAAAUAAAAUAUUAAAGCAGAAAAGUUUCCUGAUGCUCUCUUCAUGAUUAUGUACCUAUCACUGAUCUUGAUUAUAUUUAUGUAUAUUUUAAUGGUUAAUUAACAAUGUAUCAAUGUAGUAUGAAAAGCAAAUUACGUAACAUGGAAUGAGAUUAUGGAUGAUUAUAUCAUACAUUUAAAAGUC